CCUCUCCUGCUCAGCAGGAUGAGUAUGUUCCUACUGCUGAUGAUCCGGGUCGCUUCUGGUGCUGAUGCUGCUGUUGGGUCGCAGAGCCCAGGCCAUGCUUACAUUACAAUGAUCAUGCCUUGCAACACAGACCCGAGCCCUGAUGUCUCUGGGGGCCGAAACGCACAGAACACGGUGACAACAGACAAAGAUGUUUCCUACUGCUGAUAAGAAGACGGAGGAGCAAAGGCCCAUCUGGACCUUGAGAGACCCAGAAGAAUCUCAGAGAUGGCAAAGAGAGAUUACCUGGUGGAAGCUGCCAAGCAGAUCCGAAUGGCUUUGGACAGCGAGGUCAACGAAGACUACGAGGCGGCCUUCAGUUACUACAAGAACGGAGUGGACUUGCUGCUGAAUGGAGUUCAGUUGGACCCAAACAAAGAUAGGAGGGAGGCUGUGAAGAGGAAGACAACCCAGUAUCUGAAGCGAGCCGAAGAAAUCUUUAUAACCCAUCUGCAGGAUAACCUAGGAAAAGGAGGCACUCAUUUAGGGGGCUACAGCAGUCUGAGAUUUCGCCCGAUCCGACACCUGAGUUCUCCAGUAGAGGAUCUGGAAAUGUGUAAAGUGGUGGGAAUCAGUGAUAAGGUCCUGAUUGUGCAAAGCAUGGUCAACAAAGAGACGUUUGUUGUAAAGAGCCUAGUCAAAUCGAGCUGGGAGAGCAGAGACCAAACAACCAUUAUUCCUCAAGGUGUGCCCUACAUGGUGAAGCUGCUGCGGUAUUAUGUCAGUGAGGAUGCUGUGUACCUGCAUCUGGAGCAUGUCAAGGGUGGGAGGCUUUUCUCCAAGUUGCACAAACUUAGAAGUGAGAAAGCCAGGGAACACCCAGACCCGUGCUUCACCUCUGGGCACCACAACGUCAAGCUGAAGACAAGCCACACCUCACCUGAAAUCAGCAGAGACUACCAGCACAACGGCAGGAGCACAGCAGCAGCGAUUCCUCGCAAACUGACUGACGAGAGUCCGGAUACAGACUUCCCAAACUCAUGGGACGAGACUCAGCAGCGGCUGGAAAGCUGCGGGACUCACUCCUACAUAGAGGAGACCGGUUGUCUCCAGAACACCCGAUCGGCCGCGUCGUUUUACACCAAGCUGGAUCAGCAGACGCUGCUCUCCGGCCUCACGAGGACAGAGGUCAACACCCACAUCCAUCCACCAGCCCCUAGUUUGUAUUUGCAUUCCAACAAAGCUCAGGAAAAGCCAGCUCUUCCUCUCUCUUGUGCCCGUGUCAGCCAAGCUCUCGAUGUCAUGUCAGAUCUCCAUAAAAAGAAGGCUGGAAUGGGACUCGUAGAGUGCAGUAGGGACUUUGAGGCAGCCUGGAAAGCUGCGGACCCAACACACAGCUAUAACAAAACCAACCUCUAUGCAGUGACUGGCACUAAUUUGCAAAGAGCAACACCUCAGACAAAUCAGAUCUCGUUUAAAAGAACAGAACCUCCUAAAAGUCAAAAAGACACUUUGAGUUCCUCUCCUGCCAUUCUGCAUCUCCCUCUCCAUUGCCAAACCCAAAUCCGUGGCAGGGCAUCAUGGGAAACGAAUGGCUCUCAUCAGGGAUCUUUUGUUGCUGGAAGUUCUGAAGAGAUAAAUGCAGAGUCAAAGCAAGAAAGCAGUCCAGUGGAAGAAAGAAAUGGAAUGAUAGUCAUCAGGAGUACGGACAGAGCAGUAUUUUCUGACCAUGCGGACACCACCAUCAUCUCGGAAAGUUCUCGUGAUUUUCCUGCUUUUCUUUUCCACGGAAGCGUUAAUACACAGGUGGAGUCAUCAGGAGUAUGUCAAAAAAGAGACAAUUAUCCCACAGGUGGAAAACAGGGUAUAGAAGUGGCGUGUGAGGUACUGAGUCCUGGAGCGAAGAACCUAAAAGCGGAAUCAUAUGUAAGCUGGUUCUCUCCCGACCCACUGGGAGCCACAUCCCACAGCGACAGAAAGAACACGGAGGGACCAGAGAGGCAUGAAGAAGACCAGAUCAUUGAGGUGGACGGCUGGUGUCACCUGCCACGUUUCCCUGCCACAACCUCCAGGCCUGCAGAGAAGGCCUUGCAGAGCUACUGGGGGCUUCCAGAAGGGGAGGUGCGUGUGUGGGGGGCGCAGAUUCUGUUGGCCCUGGAGAGUCUGCACGAGCAAGGCGUCUUGUGUCGGGAUCUCAACCCGAGGAACAUUUUGCUCACCAGCAACGGAAAGGUGUGUCUGACGUUUUUCAGCCAGUGGAGUGAGGUUCAGUCUGAGAUUAGCUCCAAAGCCAUGGAGCAGAUGUACUGUGCUCCAGAAAUCGGAGGAGUGUCGAGGAUUACAGAGGCUUGUGACUGGUGGAGUCUAGGGGCUUUGCUCUUUGAACUUCUAACAGGAAUGCCCCUUUGGCAGCUCCAUCCAGCGGGAAUCCAUUCCCACACCCAGCUGCUCAUCCCUGACCACCUAAGUGCUGCGGCUGCAUCCCUGCUCACUGAGCUGCUUCAGUUUGAUGCAGGUUAUCGUUUGGGUUCUGGAGGUGGAGGAGUGAGCGACAUCAAAUGCCACCCCUUCUUCAGCGGAGUCUCCUGGAAAGCUCUGUCCUGCUAGCAGACCUCCCAUCGUUUGUGCCAUACUGGACUUACACACAAAAAAAAACCAGAUCAGCUGGAUUGAAACAUCCUGCAAUUUUACAGGAGCUUCCCAAAGAAACGGUUGAACAAAGGUUGGGAAUACCCAGUGCCUUGCAAAAGUAUUCAUACCUCUUGAGUUUUGUCGCAUUACAAACAUGUUACUGGAAUUUUAUGUGGGUGACUCAAAGUAGCAGAGUUUCCAAAACAAUUGCAAGAUUUUAAUCUUUGAAUAUGAAGUGCACUGAUGUUCAACUCCCUGAACACCAUCUUUAUUCUAUAAACAUAUGGAAAAUAGGCUUUGAUCAAAACCAGGACAACCUGGGUCCAGUCUUCCAAGAGCUACUAUCAGGAAACUUUUUAUACCAUUAACGUUUUCAACAAAAACAUAAAUCAUAAGAUUUAGUUCCCUCAUCAACAUGUCAUUUAGCUCUGAACAAGCUUGGUAACCAAGUAUGUAUUUGAUUCGGGUGUGUUGGGGAAGGGAUUUACCUAAAAUAUGCCUCGUAGUAAUUUUCAAGGACCAGACUUGGUGCCCCUGAUCUGAACCACUCCAUUGCGGCUCUGGAUCCGUUACCGUUGUCCUGAUGAAAGGUGAACAUUCACGCCAAUCUGAAAUGUUUUACACCUCUAAUAAGUUUUCUUCCAGAAUGAUCCUGUGUUUAGCUGCAUCAGUCUUCCCAUUAACUCUGACUAGUUUCUCUGUCCAAGAGAAAGAAAAGCAUCACCCCAGCAUGAUGCUGCCACCACCAUCAGGGGGAAAAAUGUAUCUUCUACCGACCACAACUUUGCUAAGCACUUAUCCGUGUUCGAUUUUCUCAUGUAUAUUAAUUUUUGGUUGGAAUGUGGGGAAAUGUGAAAAAUAUGAUGCUUUUCCAAGGCACUGUGUUCCUUAAAUAAAGGCACAGAUUUACUUUUAUCCCACGGGAACUCGGAUGUGUUUUAAUGCAAUUUUGAUAAUUAAGUUUUACAUAUCUUCAUAAUCGCCAUGCAUGUGAAUAAAAUCCCCUUUAAAUCAAAAUUGUGGAUGGAUUUUAAUCAUUGUUGACAGGAAAAUAACUUAAUGUAACAAUGAAAGAAGCCAUCACAGGAUAAAGCAAUCUAUGUUUUAUUUUUUUGCUUCAAGAGAACUAGAUAAAAAUCUAACUGGAAUUUAAAUGCUAAUAUCCACAUUAAGAUUAUUUUUGUGGUUGGAAACAUUUUUCUCAGUUGCUGGAGAGAAAGCAGCCAAAACAUUUGAUUCCAGUUUUACAAACUUAUCAAUUUGUUCAGUUUUCUUUCUACAAUCAUGGCACAUUAAAUGAGAACAUUCAUGUUUUGAGCUGCAUUGUCCUUUCUAUAACUAUAGUCAGCAUAAUGGGACAUACCUGGAAACACUUGCAAAAUCUACAAACCGUCAGAGCUUGUCAAACGAGUUAACGUCUGAGCACCAUUUUAAAGCAGAAUAACUAAUUUUUAUUUUUUUUCCUUUUGUUAAUUGUAGUUCAUGUCCACAGAUUAAACAUUCAACAAUUAUCCACGAAAAUCAUCCAGCAGAUAACCAGCAGUGGGGUAAUGAAGUUUUUAUUGUUUAAAACUUUCCUUUUCUCUUAAAUAGUCUAUGUCACACAGCAAAAAGAGAUUUUCAUGAACUAGAUGGCAUAAAAUCUCUGAGGAUUCCUUCACUUUGGAGAUUUUUAAAACAUAGUGUUCCUUGUUUUCUAGCCCAAUAUGUGCUCAUUGUUCAUCUCUCAACCACAAUAAUAAAAUUCUAUGCAGUUGCAUAUUUACUUGCUUGUCAUCUCACAACAACUGGAUUUUAUUAAAUUGCGUAGAAAAUGACAUUUGGCGAACAAGUUAUAGAAUAUUUAUUUUUUGUUUCUUUGAUCAAGAGACCAGCACCUGAAACCACAGAGCCCAGUGCCAAACCGUGCAGCCCAGCUGGUCUUACAAAUGUCCAUUCACAAUUUAACUUUUCAAAACAAACCUUUUUUUCCCCUAGUUAACCAAGACAACAA